CAGCAGCCUUUAUAAGAGGCCUGGAGCUGUAGCGAUCAUGUGUGACAACACCAGUGACAUCUGUCAGUCUUUCUAUCCAUCAGGGGACCAUGCAUCAACUACUGCACUUUCUGCUUCUUCUAGCUUCUUCUGUGCUGCUCUGCAACUCCGUCCCUACGGAGAGACAUGGCGGCUCAGACAUGAAAUGCCCUCUGACAGUUAAAAUCCUGGAUGCAGUGAAAGGGUCUCCAGCUGGAUCAGUGGCACUAAAGGUGUCUCAGAAGACUGCUGAUGGUGGAUGGGCCCAUAUUGCUAACGGAUUGACGGAUGCCGCUGGGGAGAUCCACAAUCUGAUCACAGAGCAGCAGUUCCCAGCAGGAGUUUAUCGUGUUGAGUUUGAUACCAAGACUUACUGGAAGAAUGAGGGGAGUGUGCCAUUCCAUGAAGUAGCUGAAGUUGUGUUUGAGGCCCACGCUGAGGGUCAUCGUCACUAUACCCUGGCCUUGCUGCUCAGUCCAUUCUCCUACACCACCACAGCAGUGGUCACCAACAUACACUAGUGAUACACUUCCAACUGUGAACAGUGACUGAUUGGUGGGAGUAUUUGUCCAGGGAGUCGGAUACCUUGUGUUGUUUUUUCUCUUCUUGUCUACAAAUGUGCUUUAUGUAAGGGAGCGACUUGCUAUCGCAUAAUGGAAGCCUGACCGGGUGAGCAGGACCCAGAUGCAGAGCGUAGGGGUCUUGCCUCACCAUGAAGUGGUUUCUCCCACGAUAACAACCCGCUCCCUAUUCAUUAUCCUGCUUAUUACACGGCUACUUAAGAUCAUUUGACACAAAA